AUGGCUUCAACAUCGAUGCCCGAAUUACCUGUUGUACCGGAUACGGACCCAUCCAAGGCGGUUCUCGACUCAUUUCGAAUCUCUAUUGCGAAGAGGCUCUCAGACGCCCUACCAAUACCGCUGGAACAAGCGUUGACGGGGGUGGACUACGGAAAGAAGGGGGAGGACUUCACUGUCGCCUUGCCGAGGUUUAGGCUACCUGGAAAGGUCGACGAGAUUGCUGCAAAGGUCAUCGAGAAAUUCCAACCCGACGAAUGGGUCGAAGCGGUCGUACAUGAUAAGGCCUUCCUCCACUUUCGGAUCAAUACGACCAAUAUGUUCCGCCUGGUGCUCGACCAAGUGCAUGCUCUGACUCACUCGAGUUCUUCUGGGAAGCCGGAAUAUGGCACGAACGAGUCAGGGAAGGGGAAGAAAGUCAUCAUAGAAUACUCGUCCCCUAACAUCGCGAAGUCGUUCCACGUCGGCCACUUGCGGAGUACGAUUAUUGGCGCAUUCCUGGUCAACUUGUACAAGGCAUGCGGAUGGGAGGUCAUUUCGAUGAACUAUCUCGGAGACUGGGGCACCCAGUUCGGUUUAAUUGCUACUGGAUACGAAAAGUAUGGCUCACAAGAGGAGCUCGAAAAAGACGCGAUCAAACAUCUCUUCGACGUGUACGUUCAAGUAAACAAGGACGCCGACGCCGACCCCAACGUCAAGGUCGAAGCUGCCCAGUGGUUCAAGCGCAUGGAGGACGGAGACGAGUCUGCGCUCAAGAAUUGGCGAAUUUGGCGGGAGAUGAGCGUAAAGAAGUACGAGGACGAGUAUGACAGACUGAACGUCAAGUUCGACGUGUACACUGGCGAGAGCGCUGUCGGAAAGGAGUCGAUGGACAACGCGCUCAAGCAGCUCGAAGACAUGGGUCUAAUCUGCGAGUCGAAUGGUGCCAAGUUGGUUGAUCUCGAGAAGUACAAGCUCGGAAAGGCUGUCGUUCGGAAGAAGGAUGGAACGUCGAUCUACCUCACCCGUGACAUCGGCGGGGCCAUCGAGCGGUACGAGAAGUACAAGUUCGACAAGAUGAUCUACGUCGUGGCCUCACAGCAGGAUCUACACCUGGCACAGUUCUUCAAGGUGCUCGAGCUGAUGGGCUUCCCGUGGGCGAAGAACCUGCUGCACAUCAACUAUGGUCUUGUCCAGGGCAUGAGUACGCGAAAGGGCACUGUGGUGUUCCUCGACCAGAUCAUCAAGGAGGCGGGCAACGUCAUGCACGAGCAGAUGCAGAAGAACGAAGACAAGUACGCCGCUGUUGAAGAUCCUGAAACGACGAGCUUGGAGAUCGGCAUCACAGGCGUGAAGAUCCAGGACAUGGCUGCAAAACGGAUCAACAACUAUACGUUCAACUGGGAUCGAAUGAAGUCCUUUGAGGGCGACACCGGCCCUUACCUGCAGUACGCGCACGUCCGACUGGCCUCGAUCGGGCGGAAGAAUCCACAUCUGAACCCGCUUCCUGCGCCGUCCGCGAUCGACACCUCGACUCUCGCGCAGUACUCGCACGCUCGGGAUAUUGCGUUCCUUUUGGGUACGUACCCUGAUGUCGUCAAGGUGGCGCUGAAGACACACGAGCCCAGCGGGAUUGUCACCUUCGCGUUCCGGCUGGCACACGCGAUCUCGAGCGCCUGGGACAGCGUCAUCGUCAAGGGCGAGGAGGACAUCGAGAAGGCCCGUGCGAAGAUGUACCUGUACGAGUGCGCUAGGGAGGUGCUUGGUGCUGCGAUGAGGUUGUUGAGCAUUCGACCGCUAGAGAGGAUGUAA